AUGGAUAAAGCAGAGAUAGAAACUCAACUCAAAUCUUCUAUAUACCUCAUGGUAUCGAAGAUCAUAGAGAACGACCAUGACCUUCAACCUACACCAAUGUUCAUUGCAUCAUUAGUGGAAUUGGUCAUGAAUCAAAUCAUCAAUUUGGGUGAAGAUCUAGAGUUGUUUGCCAAACAUGGAGGUAGAUCCACUAUAAAAAACGAUGAUGUGUUCAUGGUGACAAGGAAGAAUGAAAUAUUGACGUCAGUAUUGAAAGAGUUUGAAAAGAAGUUAGAAGAACGUUGA